AUGUCCACUUCAAAUACAGCCCCUUCUCCCAUUCAGGGCGUUUGUUACUUUUCCAUCCAACACACCAACUAUUCUUCAUACAACGACGAGACUCCCUUGACCACUCCUUUCACUCCACCUGGUGAAAACAUCGUCUCUGAUCCAUCAAACCCAUUGCUUGCUUAUCGACCUUGCCUGCAAUCUCCCUCAACCACUCAAACUCGCUCCGGAAUGGAAUCUCUACUCCAACUCCAAACUCAGGUCGCACACAUCUCUGCCCCAAGACGGCCCCAACCUCAACCUCUUCAGAACGUCCUCGUCGUUAGCGACGAUCUAUCAGAGUCAGACAGUUCAUCGUCGAGCCAAGGAAACAUGCACAUGGAGGUCGCCAGAUGCUCACGCUGCCACCGCUCGCAAAGCAUCGAUGUGUCGACUGGCAAGGCGGCCAACAUGAUUGCCUACGGUCUAAAUUCCUUCUACUGCUUGAGAUGUGCCAACAUCACCGGCUAUCUCCAACGCUCAUAG